UAGGCACUGAACCAUCUGUAAUGUCCACCAGCAAAACGACGAACCAAACAACUUCAUCAGAUGAAAAUUCACCUAUUGAAACACAGAACGCACAAUGUACCAUCAAAGCUGGAAAUAUUGAAGCGAGUGCACAGGCAAGUGUGUCUAAAAGACUAGAGGGCAUAUGCGGAACCAAUCAAAUGAAAAUGUCUUUCGAAAUAAUUGAAGCAAGACUCAUGCAUGAAAUAAACCAAUUGAAGGCAAUGAUUUACACUCUGCUAUCAAACCAGCCACUGAACUAUCAACCUAAUACGUUCUCUUACGCUCCACCGUACUAUCAGCCUGCGUUUCAACAAUCGACUUACCCCACAAAUGCUAACAGUUACGAAGAUACUACCAAGCAAACUACAUCUUACUCAACACAAACAAACAUUCCGCCACUCCAACAUCCCACGACUGCAAGCAAUCCAUUUAAGCUAACAAAACGUACGGACAAACCUGACACCGAAAAAAAGACAAGUACCACUACAACUGAAUCUCAAAACGAAGUGAACACUCAGAUGCCUGAUGCUAGAUCGUCAAAAGUGAGCAGUGUUACGGAGAAAAUACUGGAAUUUAAGCCAGUUCAAACCAAAUCAUUAAAUCGAUUCCGAUCGAAAUAUAAUAAACCUGGACCACGCGACUUUGAAGUGCACAAAUUUAACAACACCCUGCUGUCCGGUGGUGAAAUAAGAAUCUUCACAUACUAUUGGAGGUUCGAAAAUUUUACGUCCAAACUGAAAUCAAACGCUUCGUUCAUCUACAGUCCAAUAUUUUCCAUAUCGGGUCUGAAUUUACGAGUUAAGGCAACGCUGAAUCAUUUGAAUCGAGACUAUUUGUACCUACAACUUGAAUCCGUUCCUCACACCUUCGCUGACGACAUUUCGUCCAACAUAAUUUUAGAGACUGGCGAUAUGUUCAAGGAAAUCGAAACGAAGAAGUUUUUCCGACACAAGAUCGUUAUCAUGGAUCAGGGAACUCCAACCAGCGACCUGAUUUCUCAGGAAUUUCUCAACACCAAAUCCGGUUUUCCAGUGCCAAACAGUGCAAUUAAGUCGGCUCCAUACGCCAAAGACGACAAUAUAUUGAUAAAAGUUGUGGUUUUUCUGUAAACACAUUUAUUCCGCUCGAAUACAG